CUUUGCCUCUUCUUCAAUUCUUUCUCCAUCGCCUCUCAACCCCUCCCCUUUGCCGCCCCUCCCCUUUGCCUUUGCUCCUGCCCCUUUUGCCUUUGCCUCCUCUCCGAUUCUUUCUCCAUCGCCUCUCAACCCCUCCCCUUUGCCUUUGCCUUUGCCUCUACCUCUUUUGCCUUUGCCUCUUCUCCGAUUCCUUCUUCAUCACCUCUCAGCCCCUCCCCUCUGCCUUUGCCUUUGCCUCUGCCUCUUUUGCCUUUGCCUCUUCUCCGAUUCCUUCUCCAUCGCCUCUCAUCUCCAUCCACUCCUCCGAAUCCUCCGAUUCCACUGCAAUUCAUCAUCUCCGUCGAAGAAAAGGGACCAAGUGACGGUUAAUGCUUGGGAAAAAUUCAAGAGCCAACUUAGCAAACGUGAGGUCUCAAGAGGUCUCUUUCAAUGAUGAGGUUGCUGUUGCUUUUGAGAAGAAGAUAGUUUCCUUCAUAGUGGAGAAUGCUGUGAAGAAUGAGUUGAACAAGGCAUACAGCAAAAAGGCCAAAAAAACAAGACAUUCUUUGAGUGUCCCAGGGAAGCUAAAAAGCCUGCUGCAGCAUUACCUUCUCUUAAAGUAUGCUGCAAUAUACACACAUCAAUUCCCUACAUCAAGUUUUUAAUUUCCAAUAAAAUAGCUGCAAACAAGUUAUUUGGUUCCCGGUUCUCAUUGACAAGGCAAACAGAUAUGAGAGAGUCCAUUUCUGCAAUAACACGAGAAAGUCCAA